AUGCUUUGCCACUCUCUGCUCGUUCCAUUUUUUGCAGCUCUUGUACCAGUGUCCGCCCACUUCGAACUGAACUACCCCACAGUUCGAGGUUUCAAUGAAGACAAUCUCGGCACUGGACCGUGUGGAGGCUUUGAUACUCCUACAUCCGAGCGUACCUCGGUUUCAACGACAUCGUUAGUACUUGCCCUGAGGAUGGGCCACGACGAGAAUGCAGUACAAGUUCUUAUGGGAAUGGGUGACAAUCCGGGAAACAAUUUCAACAUCACACUCGUUUCCACUUUUCGAGAGGAAGGUCUGGGAGAAUUCUGCUUGCCAGAUAUACCACUACCUUCGAACCUCGGAAUUAUGGAUGGCAUGAACGCUACGAUACAGGUGGUGACUAAUGGGGAUCCAGCUGGCGGACUUUACAACUGUGCAGACAUUACAUUCACAACAGGUACGGUAAAUCCUCCAUCGCAAUGUACCAAUGGCACGGGCGUGAAUGCAAGCCCGUUCCCCUCACAAGCCGCUGCCCGGAAUGCCAACGAAUCAACUCCUCAAGGACAAGCUCAGAGUGGAUCAACCAGUGAGACUGGAUCGUCAAGUCAGAGCGGGAGCGCCACUGGCAGUAGCACAGCGGCAACAAGCACACCAACAGGUAAAGCGGCUGCAGCGAGCGUGGGUUGGGGACUGCUUGGAGCUGUUUUCCUGGGAGCAGCCGCCCUCUUGUGA